AUGUCCGGACCUCACGAGGGUCUCUGGUACAAUACUCUUCCUGGAGACGGUGGCACUCAGGCCGAUUCCGUCUUUUCUGGCAUCUCUACCUUCGGCCGCCUUCCCUACCAGCCCUGCUUGAACCAAGCCAAUGUCAAAUACGACAUUGCCUUUCUCGGUGCACCCUUCGACACUGGUACUUCGUACCGCCCCGGCGCUCGCUUCGGCCCCUCCGGUAUUCGCCAGGGCUCUCGAAGACUGAACCUCUAUGGAGGUUACAAUGUGCCCCUCGCUACCAACCCUUUCAACAGCUGGGCUACCGUGCUGGACUGCGGCGACAUCCCCGUUACCUCCUAUGACAACACUUUCGCCCUCCGCCAAAUCGAAGAAGGCCACUUUAGCCUUCUCUCUCGCCCUCCAAUGACCGAUGCUCACAAGAAGGGUCCUGCUAAGAGUGGCAAGACUCUGCCCCGUAUCAUUACCCUUGGUGGCGAUCAUACCAUCACUCUUCCACUCUUGCGAUCGAUUAAUCGGGCGUACGGGCCAGUUACAGUCAUUCACUUUGACAGCCAUCUUGAUACCUGGAAGCCUAAGGUCUUUGGCGGUUCUCCCUCCGAGGUCGCGAGCAUCAACCACGGCACCUACUUCUAUCACGCGUCCAUGGAGGGUCUGCUGUCCAAUCACUCCAACAUCCACGCCGGUAUUCGAACCACCCUCAGCGGGCCGAGCGACUACGACAACGACGGAUACUGCGGUUUCGAGAUCGUCGAAGCCCGUGAGAUCGACACCAUUGGCACUGAUGGUAUCAUUGACCGCAUCCUCAAGCGAGUCGGAACCGAAAACCCCGUCUACCUUUCGAUCGAUAUCGAUACACUAGAUCCCUCCGUAGCCCCUGCUACCGGAACCCCUGAGACUGGUGGCUGGUCGACCAGAGAGUUCCGCACUAUUCUCCGAGGCUUGGAGAGCCUGAACUUGAUUGCUGCAGAUAUUGUCGAGGUUGCUCCUGCGUAUGAUACCAACGCUGAACUCACCACGAUGGCUGCUGCCGAUAUAUUGUAUGAGGUCAUGAGCAUCAUGGUUAAAAAGGGACCUCUGAGCAAGAUGAUCGAUGCUAACGACGAAUUGUAA